AUGACGACCAACGCAGCAAGCACAACGUGCCCUCCGUACACCCAGGUGCCGGACAUCCAAAACCUCCCCAUCCCCCAGGAUAUCAACGUCAUGGUGACGCCCGGCAACGACACCUCGUACCGGCCAAUGGAGAUCUGCUGCGAGCCCAGCAGGGUCCAGAUCGUCGAUGGCUGCUACCUGUGGUGCGAGCUGCCGGAGCGCUACUUCAACGGGACCGACAAGGAGGGCGCCAGAACCUCGAGCUCGUCGUGUAUGAAUCUUAAUACGCGGGAGAGCGGCGACCGCAGGAUCAAGGGCUGGCAGAUAAACGGGGCUGGCGCGAGGCUGACCGUGGGCUCGGCGAAGCAGAUUGGGCUUUGGGUGCUGGCUUUGUCGGGGUUGGUGCAUGUUAUGUGA